AUGAAGACAUCAGAGCUUCCAGAAGCAGUCAAGACCGGUUUCGCCCCGGCAGCAGCCUAUGAUGCUCAUCGGCCAUCGUAUCCUGAGGAAGCAGUUGAGCAACUACUCCAAGGCCUGAAGGUUGCCGGCGUAAAAGGUGCGAACUUUGCAGAUCUCGCAGCUGGAACAGGAAAAUUCACCGAACUUUUGGCAAGGAGACCCGAAGAAUAUGAUAUUAUCGCAAUAGGAACCCACGAUGGAAUGCGAGCACAACUGGCGCAGAAGAACCUCGCUCGAGUUCGGAUCAUGAAAGGAACCGCUGACAACUUGGUCGGAAUCCCUGAUGGAAGUUUAGCUGGCGUUGUGGCGGCUCAGGUGUCUGACUUCUCCGUAAGGUUUGCCACCAUGGACGCACUGAAGGAAAUAGCUAGGGUUCUGAAGCCAACUGGCGGGUUUGGAGGUAUCUGGAACAUUGACGACUGUGCGCUCGAUCUCGAUAGUCACAGACCAGGGCCACAAGCUCAUCAAGAACCAACAGAUAAUUCACCAAGAUCGUGGAAGAUCUAUCCGGGGUGGGAGAGCGUAAUGCGAGACGUAGUCUGGACAUUGGAUGACAACAUGCCCCGGUUCCGACAUGAGAAAUGGCGUCAAGUAUUCGACGAUCGAACCGAAAGUGAUCCUUUGAGUCCGCAAUUUGCCGAUUCGUUAUUUAAACUGCCAUUGGGUGAAAGCGAGGUGGAGUUUGAGGCAUGGCUAUCCAAAGAUGCCGUCUGGAGCAGAUUGAGAACGCCGAGUCAGCUUGCAAUAUUGGAAGGAGAAGAACGGGAGAAGGUAAGAAAAACAUUCUGGGACAGUGUGGACUCAGAAUCCACCAAGACAGAUGAGUUUCGGGCGGGUUGCCGUGCAUGGCCGAACUGUGUUCUUCUGGACAAGUAA